GGGAGGCCAUGUUUGGGCUGAGUCAGCGCGGGGAGGGUCUGUGCUCAGGUGAGUUACCUGUAGCGCGCGCGGGAAACACCGAGGACGCGGCGGAAUGAGAGGGAACCACGGAUGGAUCACGCGAUGUCGGAAAAGACCCCCUUCCUCCCUUCCUUCCUCUCCUUUCCUUUCUUUCCUCGCUUCCUCCCCUCUCCUGCCUCCUCCUCCUCUUCUCUCUGGCCGCAGUUUGUUUUGAAGUGAGCAGCUGAACCCGGCGCAGGGGGAAGUGCUUCCUGAUCAGACACAGAAUCGCACGGAGAGGCGCGUCUGUCCCAUUGACUGACUGCGCACACGCCGCGCUCACUGACGCAGAGUGUGGAGAGACGACAGGGGGGUAAAGCACUGCAAAACCCCCGGCUUCUCCUCCUCUCUCCUCCUCUCUCCUCCUCUCUCCUCUGCGCCACGGAACACGCAUCUCUCUAUCCACCGGCUGAGAGAGAGAGAGGGAGAUGGCCGUGGUGCAGCUCGACACCGGCGGGGAGGACCGUCCGCAGCCCGAGAACGGAUUCGUGUCCCCGGAAAACUCGUCGUCGUCGUCGUCGCUGCUCACGCGCAUUGACGGCGCCGUGCUGCCUUUUCUCGGGGGAUUUGGGAAGUACCAGAAACAGCUGAUCGUGCUGACAUGGAUCCCGGCGAUUUUCAUUGGAUUCAGUCACUAUUCAGACAAUUUCCUCCUGGCGCAGCCCAAUAACACAUGCGUCCAGCCCCCUGCCAACCUCAGCAACGUGAGCAGCGGGUUCGCCUCGCUCCUGGACACUGCCUGGACAAACAGCAGCAGCAGCUCCAGACCGGGUUAUGUCUCUGCCAACGUGAGCUCCACCACCACCACCAGCAGCACCACCACCUCCAGCAUCAGCCUGAAUGACAGCGCCAGUGUGCAGUGCAGGUGCAGUGAGUGGACGUUUGAGCUGCACACUGGGCUCGUGGAGAAUGUGGUCACCAAGUGGAGUCUGGUGUGCGACUCGGCCUGGAAAGUCCACAUCGCCAAGUUUUCUCUUCUCGUCGGGUCCAUUUUUGGAUACCUGGUGUUUGGGAUCCUCGCCGACUGGUUGGGGCGACACCCGGUCCUCAUCAUCUCCGUGCUCUUCAUGCUCGUGUUCGGUCUCACCGUGGCCUUCUCCGUCAACGUGCCCAUGUUCGCCACCCUGAGGUUCUUCGAGGGAUUCUGCCUGGCCGGGAUCAGCCUGUCCCUCUACGUCCUCAGGAUCGAGCUGUGCCUGCCCGGCUGGCGUUUCUCCAUGACCAUGGUGGCUAACUUCGUGGUGCUGGGCGGUCAGCUGCUGUUGCCCGGGGUGGCGUACCUGUGCGGAGACUGGCAGGUGCUGCAGGCGGUGAUCAUCUGCCCCCUGCUGCUCAUGCUCUCCUACAUCUGGAUCUUCCCCGAGUCGCUGCGCUGGCUCCUGGCGACGCAGCAGUACGGCCGCUCCAAGUGGAUCAUGGGACAUAUCGCCAAGAAGAACCGCGUCAACAUGGAGCUGGACGUGGACAAUAUUCUCACAGAACUCCAGCGCGCCCUGCAGAAGAAACCCAAGAAGACGUGCAUAGUCAAAAUGGUGGGGACGAGGAACCUGUGGAAGAACAUCGUCGUCCUCUGCGUCAACUCAUUAACGGGGUACGGGAUCCACCACUGCUUCGCCCGCAGCAUGAUGGACCCCGAGGCCCUGGAGACCACCAUGUUCCAUAACUUCUACGCGGACUACUACACCAUGGCGGGCAUCGCGGUGGCGUCCUGCAUGGCCCUGUGCCCGGCGGUGGGUCUGAUGGGCCGGAGAGGAGGUCUGCUCAUGUUUAUGAUCAUCACGGCUCUGGCGUCGCUGCUGCAGCUCGGCCUCCUCAACCUGCUCGGGAAAUACAGCGGACACUUGAAUAUCGACAGCUCGGGGACGCUGAACAAGAACUUCUCCAUCGCCUUCUCCAUCAUCGGCAUGUUCUCGUCCCACGCCGUCAGCAACCUGAGCAUCUUCUUCUGCGCCGAGAUCACCCCCACCGUCAUUAGGGGCGGUGGUCUCGGUUUGGUCCUGGCCAGCGCUGGGUUCGGGAUGCUAACCGCCCCCAUCAUGGAGCUGCACAACCAAAAGGGCUACUUCUUGCACCACAUCAUCUUCGCCUGCUGCACCCUCAUCUGCAUCAUCUGUAUUCUCCUGCUGCCCGAGACUCGCUACCAGCCCCUCCCGGAGACGCUGGCGGACGGGGAAAGCUACACCAGACAGCCUCUGCUCCACCCGCGCAAACCCGGGGAGCAGCACCUUCUCCUGGGUCAAGCCGAGACCAGCAGGGACUACACCCGGGUGGGAGUGGGGGAUACUCCUUUACACGUAGCCGCCGCCACCGCAGUCUCCACCAUGGACUCCACGGCGUCGUCCGCUGUGGAUCUAACCGCCGACGUGCCCGUUUUCAUGGAAGUGCAUCAGGUUAACCCCGAGCUGAAGAAAGACCCCAACGGGCAUUCGGUUUCCUCCCUGACCACGCCUAUCGCGCUGGGUAAAGACGCAGUGGUACAUGCUAGCAGAGAGCACUUAUUGUCUUCCACUCCGCUGCACAAAGCGUCUCGCGUUACGGACCCUCUUUUGGCCAGCGCAGACGAGCCCCCCGCCAUAGUUUUGCAUUCCCUGGAGACGCAAGCUAACUCCGAUCUCCCCGAAGUCAACGAAACUAGCUUUUCUCCGAGCAAAGACCCGGAAACGCCGCCUUCAUCCCCGCGAGAUCCCUCCGCUUCGUCGCCCGUGCCUCCUUCUUCGCUAAUCAGCACCACGCCCGUCAUCGAGCCCCCGCCGACUUCCACGUUAGAAUCACCGGAACUGGCUCAAGACGGCGAAAUUGCACUGAAAUCCGAACCCGAACCCGCGUCCGCACCUUCGGAGAGCUCUCCUGUUCCUACUAUGCAUGACAACGACCCCCCAAAAGACUCCGAAAAUAUAACCACUACCGUCAACAUUCCAGACAUACAUUUAGAAAUAAUAGAUCAACUUUCACCCGGGGAGUCGUCUUUAGUCAUUCCCCAAGAAAACGACCCCACCUAUUCUUGCGUUAAUGAAGUAACUUCCCCAGAAACGCUCCCUUCACCUCUUCUUCCUCCUCCCGCUGACCAAAAAUCUCUAAUAGACUCAUUCACUCCCCCGCUCGAACAUCCUGCCGACCCCAUCCUCCCCGUUACAGACAUUGUGAACUCUUCCCCUGCGCUAGAAACAACAACCCAAAACGGUACAGACAUUGUUCAGGCCGACCCCGACUCCUCCACCACCACCACCACCACCGCCUCCUCCUUAGAUCUCCUCCCCCCUCCUCCGCUCACGGAUUCCACGCAGGCGAACCCUUCUUACUUUGAAAUGGACCGCACCGUCUCCUCCCCCAUAGACUCUGGUGUGCUUUCAAUACGGGACAGCGCCAGUACAGAAAGCGACAUUGUGGCCGGAGUGUCACCUUCUUGAUCUAGUGUCGGACGCACAACGCUGCUUUGUGCUUUUCGGGGGGAACUUUUGGGGAGGGGGAGUGUAAAAUCAUGCCACACAAAAUAACAAAAAAGCAAAAAGGGGGGAGCAUAAACUGGCCAAUGUUUCGGACGUCGUUGAGGAGGCGUAGAAAAAUCUGCUGUAUGUUUCUUAACGUGUCCAUUCCUGCAGCCGAUGAGUGACCGUGGAGACGAGUUUGAGCUAAAAUUCUUAUCCGCAAGUGUUGGUUUGUGUUGUACUUCGAUAUUUUUGGCCGAAAUAACGACGUUUAGGAAAUCAGAAAGCUGAAAAACCUAUUUAAAUCUGUGCUAUUUAACUUUUCUGAUGCCUGAUUCGCCUCUCCUCGCUGCCAUGUUACUGCUUUCCUCAGCUUAAAAUAUCCCACAGUAUGGCUUUAAACUUAUUUGUUUUCAUGCGACAGUCUGAUGGCAUCUUCACGGAGACGCCACCAAACAAAUUUACACAUCAAAUCUGUGUAGAGGCGAGCCAACUCACAGUAAAAACGCAUUUUUUCCCCAAUAAAAACACAUAUAAUUAGAUAAAUGCCAGAUGGGUUUGUUUAAUGCAAUACUGUGGAAUAUUCCAGGCGAAGCAAUCACAUUAUGAGCAGGUCCUUCACUGCAAAAGUUUAAAAUUACAAGCUAGAAAUAUUUAAACUCUAUUUUGUAAUGUUUUUGGAAUGAUAUUAAACGCCGUUCGAGGAAAAGUUUUACAUUUUAACGUUGAAAACUCAAACAUUUAGUCAAAUAUUUAAUACUUUUUUGGUGCUAUAAAUAAGAAAAAUUAGGAUUGUUGCCGUAGUGAUUGACAAUUUGAAGCUAAAUAUUACAUCUUUUAACCAGAAAAUGCGCAAAAUGUCGAAAAACACUGCGCCCCCUGCUGUUUGAUAUACAAGAUUGAGACAGUAUGUAUGCCCCAUGUUCCCGGUUUAUUGACCACGGACACUUUUUAUUCCCAUUUUUAAUCCCGUGUACAUUUAUUUUCAUUCCAAGCGACACUUUUGAGCAAAACGUGGAAAAGUACAGUACUUACCAACACUGCUGAUGUUAAGAAUUCGUCAAAACUGCUGUGAAAGACCAAAUGAACGAAACGAGAGAGUGCCAGAGGCUGGGAGUUUAUUUUUGGAAUAAGUCAUUUGAAAUCACCAGCCUUUAAACCUUCCUUUGACCAACGGUGAUGAUGAUAUUUGUCAUUUUAAAAUCGAAUUAGCCACAAUCACGUCAUGUGCGACUGGGGGAGAACACGUGCAAACAGAAUUCAAGUCAGCGGUACAUUUUUAACCUGCGUUUGUGUAUGUUGCCUUACCUUCUGAAUGUCUGAGUAUUUCUAACAGUACAAAGUUUAAACAAUCGAAUUUACUUCAUGCAAUGCCAAAAAAAGACACUAUGCUGACCAAAAUUGUAAAUGUAGAAAUAGUGCCAAAAAUCAGUUUGUUACAGGAACUAGAUUCAGUAUUUCCUUGUUUUAAUUCAUGUUUUUUUCCCUCGCCAUAGCGUCAGAACGUAAACCGACGACGGAACGGCCCCUGAACGAGCGAUUUCCGGCUUAGUAAAUAAAAAUAAUUGUAUUUACAUGUACGUCGACGCAUCAGUCAAGUUCUACAUAUUUCAGUAUUUCCAAACUCGCCAACGAUGUGCCCUAACUUCCAUCACGACAUUACGUUCAGUAUUUGAAGCGUUUCUUUUGAGUUCCGCCAUUUUUUUUUCUUUGCGUCGGGGUCAAAUUCAUAAACUGUGAGACAAACCGGGAUCGCAAACUAGGCAUGGGACGAUAUUGAGACUUUGCGUGACAAUUAUCAUGGCCAAAAUAACUACGAUUUACGAUUAUACGUCACGAUAAUGAUUAAAAUAGUUGUAGAUAUGAAUAAUUAUAAUUUUAACAGAGAAUAUUAUGUAUUAGCAGGGCCGUCAGAUGAAAUUUGGAGACCCGGGGCAACAAGCCGCACAUGCCCCCCCGGAAUAUAAAUUAACAGGAAGAGAGUCCAAUUCGGGGGCCCCCUAAGACCCUGGGGCCCCCAACAACAGACCCAUUUGCCCCCGCCAUUGACUCGCCUCUGGAUAAGUCAUUUUUCUGCAUGUCCAGCUGAUAAAAUGGCUGACGAUUACAUAAAAUCACCCACGAAUGAUUAUUUUCUACCCUUUUUAUCACGAUAAACGAUAUUAUUGUUUAUUGUCCCGUCCGUAAUCGCAACCGUGCAAAUCAUCUCCGUACUAACCAAACCCAAAACAGGAAGUUACCGUAAACGAUGUAAAAACGGUGACGCAAAUUAUACGAAAAGCCGAUGAUUUUUGAAGUGCGUGCGGCGUUUUCGGUGCGUAACAUGUCGUUAGAAGAAACUGUUUACAGAAGCUCUCAUUGAUUCUGAUAAUACAUAAUAAUAAUAAUAAUAAUAAUAAUAACAAAACGCAGUACUGUACAUUUACGGAGCCAAUUAUGGACUCGGUCUCGUCAUUUCAUAGUACGUCAUGUAAUCCAGGGAGUUUUUAGCGUAUAUUUUUAAUUAAAACAUUUAUUUUUGUUGUGGUACUAAGCAGGUGCUUUUAUUCAAGUAACUGGUUUUACUGAAGUCGGCUAUGCACUGACAUAUGCUACGUUUAACAACUGAAACUUGCCUAAAAACUAGAAAACGUAAUCAGCGAACUUCCAUUUCCAACCACAUGUGUUUCAUCCACGUACACGGAUCAGGUUUAUCACGGAACGUCAAGUGAAGUGCGGGUUAAAAGUUCGAUUUGGUGACUGCGUGUUCGGAGUUAAAGGGUCUGUACCUGAUUUUAAUGUUGUUUUGUUUGGUAAAAAGUGAUAAAAAAGGAAAAAAAAGAUUAUAAAGUACAAUCUGUUGAA